UUGUCAACCUUUGGUUCAGUAUUUCAUUUUUUAGUGACAGAAGUUCCGGGAGACUUAAUUUCCUACUCAUUUUCUCCUUGCAGUAACCCUCUGAAUUAGCCUGCUCCUUCACUCUUUUCUUCAUCUUCCAUUUUUUCUCUCAUUCAUCAAAUCCCUAAUCAUUUGCGCAGACUUACAUAAAUUUGCAUCUCAUCAGAUUUCAUCUCGCAGUCGAUUCAGAAGUAGUGAGAGAAAGGAAGAGAUUGUAGAAGGAGGAUUUAUAGAAGAAAAUUUCAAUGGCGUUAUCUGCUUCAGACCUUCCGAUGAUGUACCAAUUACUGGCUAAUUCUCUCAGCGGCGACCAAACUGUUCGCAAACCUGCUGAAACCGCGCUUUCUCAAUCUGAAAGCCGUCCUGGUUUCUGUUCUUGCUUAAUGGAGGUUAUUACUGCACAGCAUUUGGCUGCUCAAGUUGAUGUUCGUUUAAUGGCCACUGUUUAUUUCAAGAAUAGUAUUAAUCGAUAUUGGAGAACUCGCAGAGACUCUAUGGGAAUUAGCAGUGAGGAGAAGUUGUAUCUAAGGCAAAAAUUGUUAUCUUACUUGAGAGAAGAAAAUGAUAAGAUAGCUUUGGUAUUGGCAGUACUAAUAUCAAAAAUUGCACGAUUUGAUUACCCUAAAGAGUGGCCUGAUCUAUUUACCACUUUAGCUCAGCAGAUUCAAUCAGCAGAUGUUCUUUCAUCCCAUAGGAUUUUUCUUAUUCUCUUUCGGACUCUUAAGGAACUAUCAACGAAGCGUUUAACUUCAGACCAACGGAAUUAUGCAGAGAUAUCUUCUCAUUUCUUUGAUUACUGCUGGCAUCUUUGGCAAAGUGAUGUGCAGAGAAUUUUGCUUGGUUUCUCUGAAUUGGGGCAUAACUUCAGUUCAAACGGCUUGGACCAACAUCAAAAUCAGCUGUAUCUAAUAUGUGAAAGAUGGUACUUGUGUUUGAAGAUAAUACGCCAGUUAGUUAUUUCAGGGCACCAAAGUGAUUCCAAGUCUUUACAGGAAGUCCGUCAGGUCAAAGAGGUUUCUCCUAUGCUACUAAGUGCUAUUCAAUCACUUCUUCCUUAUUAUUUGUCUUUCCAAGAACGACAUCCUAGGUUCUGGGAUUUCAUAAAGAGAGCAUGCACCAAGAUGAUGAAGGUCUUAAUUGCUUUCCAAGGAAAACAUCCUUACUCCUUUGGUGAUAAAGGUGUUCUUUCGCCUGUCAUAGAUUUCUGUUUGAUUAAGAUCACCAAUCCGGAGGCUGAGCUAUUUUCAUUUGAGCAAUUUCUUAUCCAGUGUAUGGUGUUGGUAAAAUCUGCUCUGGAAUGUAAAGACUAUAGUCCUAGUUUGAUUGGUCGCGUGGUGGAUGAACAAGUUGUCACUUCUGAGCAGAGGAAGAAUAGUAUUUCUUCUGCCAUUGCUGGGACCCUUGCGUCACUCUUCCCUAAUGAUGUUGUUGUGCUUUUGUGCAAUGUCUUAAUACGAAGGUAUUUCGUUUUAUCAGCAAGUGAUUUGGACGAAUGGAGCCAGAAUCCUGAAGGCUUUCAUCAUGAACAGGAUAUGGUGCAGUGGACUGAGAAACUAAGGCCCUGUGCUGAAGCUCUCUACAUUGUUCUAUUUCACAAGUACAGCCAACUGCUAGGUCCUGUGAUAGUCUCCAUUCUUAAAGAAGCAAUGAGCGGUUGUUCUAGUUCAAUGACUGAAAUUACUCCAGGAAUGCUUCUCAAGGAUGCUGCUUAUGGAGCUGCUGCAUAUGUAUAUUACGAACUCUCAAACUACUUAAGCUUCACAGACUGGUUUAAUGGUGCAUUAUCGUUGGAAUUAACAAAUGAUCAUCCCAACAUGCGCAUCAUCCAUCGGAAAGUUGCUUUGAUACUUGGUCAGUGGGUCUCCGAGAUAAAAGAUGAUACCAAGAGAUCAGUGUAUUGUGCUGCCAUCAAAUUGCUUCAAGAUAGAGACCUUGCUGUCAGGCUGGCAGCAUGUAGGACUUUGUGCUUGCUUAUAGAAGACUCAAACUUCAGCGAGAAGGAAUUCACGGACCUUCUUCCGUCAUGUUGGGAUUUGUGUUUUAAUUUGGUUGAGGAGGUCAUGGAGUUUGAUUCAAAGGUCCAAGUUUUAAACUUGAUAUCUGUUCUUCUUGGACAUAUUGGUCAAGUGAUUCCUUAUGUUGACAAGUUGGUGAAGUUUUUCCAAAAGGUCUGGGAAGAGUCUUCUGGGGAAAGUCUUUUGCAAAUGCAGCUUCUUAUCGCAUUGAGGAACUUUGUUGUGGCUCUUGGUUAUCAGUCACCUGUUUGCUACAAUAUAUUACUGCACAUUUUGCAAAGAGGAGUAGAUGUGAAUGGUCCAGAUGAACUCAAUCUUAUGGAGGAUAGUAUGCUGUUGUGGGAGACUACCCUUUCAUAUGCUCCAUCAAUGGUUACUCAGCUAUUGGACUUAUUUCCAAGUCUUGUGGAUAUCAUUGAAAGAAGUUUUGAUCAUCUGACGGUUGCAGUUGAAAUUAUUGAGGAUUACAUAAUCUUGGGUGGCAAUGAGUUCUUAAGUCGACAUGCCUCUAGUGUAGCUAAGCUCUUGGAUAUGAUAGUUGGCAAUGUAAAUGAUAAGGGCCUUCUUUCGGUUCUCCCUGUCAUUGAUAUUCUAGUGCAGUGUUACCCUAUUGAAGUUCCUCCACUUAUCAGCAGUACUCUCCAGAAAUUGGUGGUUGUGUGUUUAUGUGGAGGAGAUGAGUGUGAUCCCUCAAAAACAGCUGUAAAAUCAUCAUCUGCUGCUAUUUUAGCAAGAGUUCUAGUGCUGAAUACCAAUUACCUAGCUCAAUUAACAUCUGAGUCUUCACUUUUACUACUGCUCCAAGGUGCAGGUUUCCCUAUGGAUGAGAACAUACUUCUCUGUCUGGUUGAUAUAUGGUUAGAGCAGGUUGAUAAUAUGACUUUAAUUCAGAGAAAAACUAUUGGCCUAGCACUUUCUAUAAUUUUGACCUUAAGGUUGCCACAAGUUCCUGAUAAACUCGACCAGAUUCUGAGUGCUUGUACCAGUGUGAUAAUGGGUGGUAAUGAGGACUUGUCAGAGGGUGAGUCCAGUGGUGAUUACAUGACUUCCAUCAGGCCUCAAAUUGAAGGAACUGUUCUGAGUAAAGAGUUCAAGAAGAGGCAGAUCAAAGCCUCGGAUCCAAUCAGUCAGAUGUCCUUAGAGAAUGCAGUGAGAGACAACCUUCAAACGUGUGUUGCCCUUCAUGGAGAUGCCUUUAAUGCUGCAAUAAAUAGAAUGCAUCCUGCUGCACUGGCUCAAAUGAAGGAAGCAUUGAAGAUGUCAUAGCAAAGCAACUGAAAUUGCCUGUUGUCAACGUAGUUACUCCUUGCAAUUUUUGAUUCUCAUGCUUGGGGUUGAUGAGAUUACAUCCCGUGAGUUGAUAUAUCUAUUUGUGCGUGUAGAUUUCAUUGCCAAUUUUUAAUGGCGAGUUUGUUGCAUGUAGCCAAUUCUUUACGAUUCUUUCCCAUUUGUGUCGGGGCUUUCUCUACAUAUUAUUUUUACUUACAAUCAUCCUGUUCGUCAUGCUGCUUGGCGAUAGGAACUUUGGUCAUAGGCAUUUGAUAGAAAAGCGCACGCAAAUUAUGUAAUGAACUCAAAUUGUGUUAUAUCAUGUGUUAAAAAAUCAUAAUGAUUUGAUUACAUUAAAUUUUGUACAACAAUAUUUUGCUGACACACUUGUUUUGCACAUGUGUAACUACACCCAAAUUUUGUGGAA